GAAUUCAAAAACAGAAGCUGACUUAAACCUGUCCCAGGCUCAUGUGAGAGACCUUGAUGCUCAGCUGAGUGCGAAGAAGUCUGACUUAGCAGCAGUUUUGAACGAGAACCAAAGCUUGAAGAACGACCUUCAGGAAUUAAAGGAUGAAGUAGGCCGUGUGAAGCUGUUGCUGGAAGAUAGCAAAAAGCAUCUCCAUGAUGAAAUGUUGAGGAUAGUGGACUUGGAAAAUAAUAAGAAAACUUUGCAGGAACAAAUGACGUUCACGCAGCGCCUUCAUGAAGAUGAGCUCAAGGAGACAAAAAGAGUCUAUGAGAGCAGGAUAGGAGAAAUGGAAUCUGUCUGUCAGAGAAAAUUUGAGAGUAAGCUCUUGGAUGCUCUGCAGGAGCUCAGAAAACAACAAGAACAACAAAUUCAAGGAUACAAAGAGGAGAUGGAGCGAACAUUCCAUGCAAAAAUGGAGAAUGCCCAGCUAUCUGUUGCAAAACACAGCGACUUUGCCAAAGCUGCUCAGGAGGAGCUCAUGGAAAAAAAGCUGAGAUUUGAUACUCUGACAUCUCAACUUAAUCAAUAUCAAAGCCAGAAUGCUGCUUUGGAGAACAGAGUAAGGGAGCUGCAGGAGGUGCUGGAUAAAGACCGCCAUCUCCAUCAAAGGCUUAUGGCUGAAAAAGAGGAAGAAAUGGCACAAGCCCAGCAGCAGGCACAAGCACAGCUGGAAGAAUAUGAGAAUCUCUUAGAUGUGAAACUGGCUUUAGAUCUGGAAAUAAGUGCCUACAGAACAAUGCUGGAAGGAGAGGAACAGAGGCUAAAGCUGUCACCCAGUCCAUCUUCAUACAGCACUGCAACUCAAUCAACAGGUCAAGUGCGACAGUUCCUGCCUGGGAAGAAAAGGAAAAUGAAAGAAGUCAAAAAGAGAGGGCAUAGUGCUGGAUUUAAGAUUGUUCAGCAUGCUUCAUCUUCUGGAAAUGUAUCUAUUGAAGAAAUUGAUGCAGAUGGGAAAUUUGUCAGGCUUAAGAAUAACUCCGAUGAGGAUCAGCCACUACAUGGAUGGGUGUUAAGACGACAUCUUGGAACUGUGUCAGAUGCAACAUACAAAUUUCCUUCACAGUUCACUCUUCAGGCAGGCCAAGUAGUUACAAUCUGGGGUGCAUCUGCUGGUGUAAGCCCAGGUCCUAGUGACCUGGUCUGGAAGUCUCAGAAAUCUUGGGGAGCUGCGGAUACUAUUGAUGUUAUCCUCAUCACAGACGAUGGUGAGGAACUUGCAGAGAGGAAGAUAAUGCAUGUACCCAGAGGAGAAGAAAGCAGUGAGCAAGAUGAUGAUUAUGAAGAAAUAACAAGUGAAACAGAGCUUCUCUCUCCUCAGCAAAAUGAGAAUGCUAGGUCUUAUAUCACAUGGACAAAGAUGAUAAUCUGA